GUGUCGCACAACGGUGAUGGUAGGUAGAAUAAGCCCAAUUUGCUGCCACAAAAUAAUUUAAUAAAAUAAAUUCGGAUUUUCCACUUUUUGGAACUAAAGCAGUAAAACUACAAACAUGCACGGGUCAGGAGAAGGAACCAAAAGUACAGUUAAAGUUUUUGGAAAUAUAUUUAUUUCCUUUAUUGGUGCAGGUGUGCUUGGUCUACCUUUCGCAUUUAAAGAGGCGGGCAUUCUGGAAGGCAUAAUGAUAAUGGCCACUGUUGGAUACUUAAGUGUAUGUGCCAUGAUGCUACUUAUUGACUGCAAAGACCAGAUGUUAAAAAAGUCCUUCCACACGAAUGGAAAUGCUUCAUAUGAUAUUUCUAUGGAAGAUGAACAAAGAUCUGGUUUAUUAAACGGAGAUAUUGAAAUGGAAAGUUUUCAUGAAUCCAAUAAUAAGUCAACCACCACAGACAAGGUCUCCAAAGAGAAAGGCAAACCUGAUAUUGGGUAUGGUGAUGUUGGGUUGUUUGCAUUUGGUCGAAAAGGUGCCACCCUUGUUGAAGCAGCAAUUGUUGUGUCACAAAUAGGUUUUUGUUGUGCCUACCUCAUAUUUAUCACUGAGAACGUGGCUCAAUACAUCAGCCGAUCCCAAAAUGUUGACAUGCAGCAAGAUGAUGCUGCUCUUGCUCCAGGCUCCUCCAUGCAGAAGUGGAUCUUGUUGGCGAUCCUCUUCCCACUAUGCGCUCUCUGUUUCCUUAGGCAUCUUCAUAAACUCGCAAUGUUUAGUCUAUUCGCCGACUUUGCCAAUGUUUUUGCUUAUUCCAUUGUAUUUUGGUUCGACUUCGAGCAUGCUCAUCAAGUCAGAAUCCACCCAAAGGAAAUGGAUAUUUCUGGUUUUCCAUUCUUUGCUGGCAUGGCUGUGUAUUGCUAUGAGGGAGCAGGAAUGAUCCUUUCCCUUGAAAGUUCGAUGGCAGUUGAAGUGAGGUCUGGUUUUCGCACAAUCUUCAAAUGGGCGAUGCUGAUGAUAACCACGUUAUACAUUGUGUUUGGUGUAUGCGGCUACCUGUCCUUUGGACCCGAGACCAACCCCAUUAUAACGCUCAACCUUCCACCAGGUAUCUUUCCACUCCUGGUGAAGUUGUGCCUUUGUUGUUCCCUCUUCUUCACCUACCCAGUGAUGAUGUUUCCCGUCAUACAGAUCCUACAGAAGAAAUGGAAACCAAUGUCAACUUCCAUGUUACUCGGAAAUAUUCUUCGAGCAGGAAUGGUCACCAUCACAGGGUUAAUUGUUCUCAUCAUACCUUCCUUUUCAAACCUGAUGUCGUUAGUUGGUGCCACAUGUUGUAGUUUGCUUGCAUUUAUACUUCCAGCUUUGUUUCAUUUGAAAGUUUUUAAGACUGAUUUAACUUUACGGCAGAAAAUUCUGGAUUACAUACUUAUCUGCACUGGUGUUUGCGCGACCAUUAUAGGUACCAUUGAUUCUCUUCAGAGAAUAGGCCUAAUACAGAGUAACAACACUGAAAAUAACGUCACUCGUUCUAACGUCACAAUGACGUAAUACAAGCGUUGAACGGUGACACUUCGCUACUCCGUAUCGGAGCCAACGUAUUACGUCCAUACAUCGCUUUGUAAACAUUGUUUUUAUUUGUGCGGUGUGCACUUGGGGAUUGAUGGUGAUUUGAGCGGUGGCGAAGCUUUUGGUGUCAUGAUGUCUUACCUGUUAUUAAUCCUUACGAUGUAAACUACUCACUAAAGACCUCAACUGAGAAUUCCAACACUUCAAUACACAAGGCAACUUCACUUUUGCACCGGUAUUUUUGGUCACACUAUCUCCACUUCGUUACUUUUCUACUCUUGUACCAUCCUCCUUGAUUGUCACUUAAUACUGAUGGAUUCCAAUCAAGGCUUGCUGAUCAAGAGUUGCGCGAAUGUAAAAUUGACUUUAUUCCUGCCUUAUAAUUCUCUUAUUAUUGGUGCCUUUUAUGAUUUGGUGGUUCUAGCUCUGUGACCUCAACGGGCUAAGUUUUAACUGAGUCUACAGACUUACUUUUUUCAUGGCUCCUCAUCUCGUUAAUUUUGUAUUAUUUUAUGCGAAGCCUAUGUACAGCAUAGUCGCCCAUGUAGAAUGCUUCUAUUCUUCUUUGUAUAUCAAUAGCUUUAAAUUAGGUCUCCCAAUGUUUAAGUGAAUCACGGUACAGUAUGCGUUCGCUCUUAUAGAGUCGCCCUUUGCAGUCAGACAUCUCAAAAGAGGGUAUUUCUUUCGUUACACGUUCUAUAUCUAUAAUCUAGUACAGCUUUUCUCUCGUUUUCGUCUAGCUAAUGCGUUCAAGUGUACCCGUUCAAUUUGCCCUAGAAAAUGGUCUUGAAAAGCCAACAAAUGUAAUUAAUUGGUGAUCUUCGUAAUUCUAUAUAUUCUCGUCAGCGCAUGUAAAAAGCUUAUAUCGCUCGUGCAAUGUCUUCCUUUGCUUUUAGAUUUCUUUCCGUAUUUAAAAUGAAAUCUUAGAACAAUAUUGGACGUUUUACUUGUUAUUGUAUUUGGUAGAUUUAAGUAUUCUAUUUAUUUCGGUAGAAUACGUUUUUAUUAAACUAAUACAUCAGCGUA